AUGUCGUGGAACACAGCCAAAAAACGGUUCCAGUUCGACUUGGCCAGGUACCCGGAGUACUUGCGUCCGGCCUUACGGGCGCUGCGUCCAAACCCUUCGUUGCCAACUUUCGAGAACGACCGAUUUGUCGCCGACAAGGACAAGAAAACCACCUUGGAAAAAGCUGGCAUCGCCCCGGGCGACUUGGCGUACGUCGCCGAGGGCGAGCACAAAGGCAAGGUCUCAUCUGUGGUGCGUUACAACACCGAAAACGACACAUACAUGUUGGCCGACAUCCUUGAGAAGAAGCUCACGCCCCGGUCGAUGUGGUCGGCCCAACAGACCAGUUUUCUUAUUGAGAUCCCCAAGGAAUUCCCGGCGAGCCAGAUCAAGUUGGCCGCCAAGGACAGAGACGAACAGGGCAAGAUCUCCUACGUGGUGGCCGACGAGGUCGUGCACAAGGAGAAGUACUACGAUGCCAAGUACUACAAGUGGAUGCCUCGGCGAUUCGUGAAGCACCACGAGAACAUCGAGAUCCCGUGGCCCAAGCCGCCCGUGGAGGCGGAGACGGACGAGUUGUCGACGGAAGGCGAAGCCGUGUUCCUCAAGACGUACGAGCUCCAAAGCAUCGCCCGGUCGCCGCUUCCCAAGGGCGUUUUGGCGGAGCUCCGGAACCCCUACUCGCGCUACAAGAAGAGGACGCUCACAGAGGAGCAGGCCCGGAAGCUCAACGCGCCCGCGAUGCCGUUGUCGAAGGAGCAGCAGGCGUACUUGGCCAAGAAGGCCAAGGCGCCCGUCAAGAAGCUCGAGCCCUUGUCCGAGGAGGCGCAGGAGUACAUCGGCACGAGAAUCGCCGAGCACCUUGCGAAGGUGGACCACCCCGCGCUCUUGCGGCACUUGGAGGUGCUCUCGCUGGCCAGGGACCCGGGCCUUGCGAGAGUGAUGGAUGAGAUCGAGGCCCAGAAGGAGCAGGCCCCAUAG